GGUCCUCCUUGUCAUCACCCUGGCUGGUUCCAGCCCAGAAUGGCUUUGUGCCUUAAGCAAGUUUUCAACAAAGACAAAACCUUCCGCCCCCGGAAGAAAUUUGAGCCGGGGACCCAGCGUUUUGAGCUGCACAAGAAAGCUCAAGCCUCUCUGAAAUCGGGACUCGACCUGAAAGCUGUGGUCCAGCUUCCCCCAGGGGAGAACAUCAACGACUGGAUCGCGGUGCACCUUGUAGACUUCUUCAACAGGAUAAAUCUCAUCUAUGGGACCAUGUCAGAAUUCUGUACCGAGAAGAGCUGCCCCAUCAUGUCGGGUGGCCUCAAGUAUGAGUACCGGUGGCAGGAUGACUACCGCUACAAGAGGCCCACCAAGCUGUCGGCGCCCCAGUAUAUGUGCAUGCUGAUGGACUGGAUUGAGACCUUAAUUAAUAACGAGGACAUAUUUCCUACCAGGAUAGGUGUUCCUUUCCCCAAGAACUUCCAGCAGGUCUGCACCAAGAUCCUCACCCGCCUGUUCAGAGUCUUUGUCCAUGUCUACAUCCACCAUUUCGACAGCAUCAUCAGCAUGGGUGCCGAAGCUCACGUCAACACCUGCUACAAGCACUUUUACUACUUUAUCAGCGAGUUCAGUUUGGUCGACCAAAGGGAAUUAGAGCCUCUGAAAGAAAUGACAGAAAGGAUUUGCCAUUAAGAUCAUUCUGGCAUCAUUUGAACGGACAAACAGUCCUCAUGAGGGCCUCACACGGUGAUCUGAACGACUACUGCUGAGAAUAUGAGGAACUUUGUGUUCCAGGGACCGAAACGUUUGGAAAUAGUGGACCCCAGUAGGGCCAGUAGACAUAUGGACCCAAUAACAUUAUGUUCCUGUCUCUUGUACUCUGCCCUAGUGGCUGUAGCUGUGUGUCAUUUUGGUUUCAUUUUGUCCUCCAGAGACCCACCUCCUCCUAAGUUGUUUCACACUUUUUUGAAGAGCAAAGGAGGAAAUAACCUGAGAAUUCCUCCACCGGGACCAGAAGAAAAAUGAUGAAUGUAUUCCACACAGAAGACUACGUACAUCCCCUUUAGUCUAUCAAAGUGAAGAAGGUUCACAAGGAACAUGCCCUGCCUUGUACUGUAUUGGGGGGAAAUGGUUCACUAUCGCCCUAUCCUCCUCCAUUUUUUUUAAAAUGAGUUACUGAUUAUUCCUCUCUCUAUAUGCUUUCGUCAGGAGAACCAGAGAUGCUAGGAAGAUACCAGACUACUGGAAAUGCUGGAUUGGAAAAACAUUUCCCCCCUGUAAGAUGUCAUUUGUAGAAAAUAAUAGUA